UGCGUGUGUGGUUGUGUGUGUGCUGUGUGAGUGCAUACGUGCGUGUGUGUGUGUGUGUGUGUGUGUGUGUGCGCGCGUUGACUCCCACGCUAAGCGGCAGGCACAACUACGCACCUCUCAGGAUCCGGGGGGAGUUCGGAAGAUCGGGACGGUACGCGUUCGCCUAACAACAAAUUGCAAACAUCCAAUAUUUUUUUCUGGUGUGUGUUCCAAAAAUAAAAUUCUAAGUGCUAUAAAAAAAUUCAUAAAAGAAUAAGGUGCAACAAAUCAAAAGUCCAAUCAAAAUAGUAAGAAAAGAAAUAAAAAUAGAAAUUUGAAGAAAGAGUCAAAUGCAAAUACAACAUAUGCAAAAGCUGUGAAUAACACGAAAUAAAGAAAGAAAGAAAGAAGAAAAAAAAACACAAACAGAAGCUGUAAAUUAUAAAACUAGAAAAGAAGUUGAGACGAACAACAACAAGCAACGAAAAAGGAAACAACACGCGCAGGCAAAAGCCCAAAUACGUGUUAAUUAAUUGGCUUUGAGGACGCUUUGAAGAGCAAGAGCAUUUCCAUAUUUAUAAACAGCCAAGCCGGGCGCACUCUGAACUGAAAAUUUGGAAACUCAGCUUUUCUCAACUUGCUGAUGAUGCGCUUUGGCAGCGCUUGAGAAGCGUCAACGUCAUUAAGGGAGCCGAUUGCGAUAGCGAUAACGAUAACGAUAAAGAUACCACCGCGAUACUAGCCACAGCCGACAGCAGAAAGAUGUAUCCCGGCAGCGCCAGCAGCUCCAACACCGCCGCCGCAGCCGCGUCCAAGUUCCAGAAUCGCUGCGCCUCGCCACAAUUUGCCAGCUUUGCUCCACCACCGCCGGCAGAUUAUCCGCCGCCAACAUUGCAGCAGCAGCAGCAGCAGCAGCAACCACAUCAGCAACAGUUGCAGGCACAGACCACUGCGGUGGCGGUGCACAGCGUACCCGGACAUGGCUCCAUGCGGCACAUUCAGCGCAAUCAGCUUACUAUGAGUGGACACGGACAUGGCCAUGGCAUGGGCCACGGCCAUGGACACGGGCACGGCCACGGACACGGCCAUGGCCUCGGCAUGGGGAUGGGCGGCAUUGGACAUGGCGCCGCCACGAUGGGCCAUCAUCACGGACAUCGCGGCGAUCUAAUCUUUCCGGACGACAUGGACAGCAUUGAGUUCUGCAUGCCGGCACCGCCAUCGUCCUCCUCGUCGUCCUCACAGCAAAACGGGGAACUGAUGCUGCUCCAAGGCGGCCACGGCGAGCCCUUUACGGAGCGACGACGACGCGGCCACAGUCGCCGCAGCAACCACAAAAUGGAUGUGGAGCAGCAGGUGAAAUGGUCGCGCAAGAACAUCGCUGCAACCAUGGAGCGCUUUGAGCCCACCGCCAAUACUCAGUCCUCGUCGAGCACUUCGUCGCUGGACUAUGGCUUCGCCGCGGGCGUUAUGACGCCCAGCAGCAGCAGUGCUACGCCCUCGCACGGGGCUGGCUCAGCAGCUGGGCUGUCCUCGACGCCCUCGCUUCAUGUGGCCUACAAUGGAGCCGGUGCUGGUGCUGGUGCUGGUGCUGGUGCCGUUGCUGGUGUGGGCAUGGCCGCGAGUGGAGCAGCUGCAGCUGCUGCCGCUGCACCAUUCAAUCAUGUCUACUCCUACGCAUACUACGAGCCAGGCGCGGCCAAGUGCCAUACGAAUGUGCCCGCUCAGGGUCAGGGCAAUGGCCAGCACGGACCGUCGAAGAGUCCGCCGCGCAACUCGAUACGCGCGCUGCUGGCCAAGAGCUUCCGCUCGAAGUCGUCGUCGCACAGCGGCCAGUCGACAUCGUCCUCGCCAAGCGCCGAGGAGCGGGACAGGCACACGUAUACCACACGCUACGGCACCACCGAGAAUCUGUACGAGGAGGUGAGCGACCAGAAGAUACGCAAGGUGCUCUCCGACAACCGCAUCGCCACGUCCAGUGCGGGCAACGUCAAGGAGGAGCUGCGUCGCGUCCAGCACAAUCAUUUCCGUGUGCUCGACGAGCUCAAUCUGUCCCUGGAGGCGCUCAUAAUGCCGCCCACGCCACCGGACAUCAGUCCCAGCCAUGGCGGUCCGGCUAGUGCCAGCUCCAAUGAUGUGCAGCACGACUCGCUGCCCGCCCCCAGCAACAGCUGCAGCAGUGGCAGCGGCAGCGGCAGUGCCAGCGGCAGCGGCAGCGGCAGUGCCAAUGCCAGCGGUGCCGCCGGCAACAUAUCCUCCGCCCAGGCCAAGAACGUGCUAACCGCAAGCCAGCGACCGCGUCGCGGUGGCUUACUCGGAGGUGCCGCCGCCAGUGCUGCGUCCAACUCGAGCUCAGCCUCACAUGCCAGCCUCGAGAAUCUGUCGAGCACCUUGAACAGCAUGGAGCUGAAGGAUCAUGCCCACAGCAGCUGCAUCAAUCCGGAGUUCGAUGAGGGUGACCUGGACAGCGGCUUCAGCGGCAGCGGCAGCAGCAGCGGUGCCAGCUACAAUGAGAGCUUGCGCUAUUAUAAGACGGCCACGCCCACUAGCCAUAGUCAUAGCCACAGCCACAGCCAUGGGCACUCCGCGCACAAUCCCAAUCUGAUGGCCCACAACAACAACAACAACAGCAACAACAACAACAAUAACCACAUACACACCAGCACACUGCCGCACAAUCUGCGCAGCUGUCGCUCCUCGACAGCCUCCGGCACAUCGACAUCCAAGAGCAGCAUGGCCAGCUGUAGCGAGGAUCAGGGCAUCGCCGGCAUGGGCAUGCCAAUGGGCAUGGGCAUGGGCAUGGGCAUGGCCGUGGGCAUGAACUCUGGUAUGGGCGUGGGCAUGAACGCCGGCGCCAUGGGCAUGGGGGGCAUGGGUGGCAUGGGCAUAUCAGAGACGGCUGGUGGCAGCUCAAUGUCGCCCUUCAAUUAUCCACGCCGCUGCUCGGCGGAUCAGCAGCGUGCCUCCGGGCGUUCGAUUGCCUCGGCAACCGGCUCCGCAACGGGCCCCUCCAUCACAAUGGCCACCGGCGCGAAACCCAAAAAGAACUUCUGGACCAUGAAACCGUGAUGCUACAAAAAGGCCCUGCGUCACAUAUGCAAGAAAUGGAGCAUUGUUAUGGAAUACAAUACAAAGACUGCCUCAUGCCAUGCCAUCCACUACUACCAACCACAUUCGCAUACGCAUUUGCAUGCGCAUCAGCGCUACCA